UCCAAAUGGGUUUUUAUACGCGCGUGGCUUGCUAUAUCGCCUAAGGUUUAGCUGCAUAGCUGUCCCUCUCAUUUGCCGUUCAUGCUAUUGUAAUUGUACAUAUUAGUGAAAAAUAUGACCGGUGCUGGAAAGAAAAAUGAAGGUACACCUGGCGUUGUUGGGUGGAUUAGCACCGUUUAUCGAUUUGCAACGGAUAGAAAUGAUUUCAGAAGGAAUCUCCUCGUGAAUCUAGGUCUGUUUGCAGCAGGAGUUUGGGUAGCAAGAAACCUGUCAGACUUUGACCUUAUGUCUCCUCAGCCAGUUACAUAGUUCCAAUUAAAUUAUCGGGUUUUACAGGAGGAUGACACUUCUGAAAAUGAAUUGAGCUUCACACCAUGGGGACUGAAGGAAACAGACCAGUGAACACACAUUGGGAGUAACAGCUAAUGGAGGAUUGUAAAUGUGCUGAUGACUUUUUAUUGCAGUUAAACUAACUUUUUUUUUUUUAAGUCUUUAUUUAGAUUUCAAUAAUGCAUUUAAGGAUUACAUGAUAUGAAAGAUUCUCUCUGGAGCAAGACUAUUUGAACAUGCUUAGUCACACACCUGGAAGGAGGAGAUACACAAGUUAUGUAUGAUACUCAAUAAAAUAUUCAUGUACUUCCAUUUUGA